AUGUGGAGUGCAGACCCACCCACCCACUGCAUCAGAGCAGGAGUUCUGAGCUACUACCGCGAGUCUGACAACCCCAGGCUCAAUACAGCAGACAUUCAUUCAGAGCCUCCGUUUGAAUGGCUGGGAAAGUGCGAGUACUGCAACAAGGCUGCCUGGCCUUUGCUGGAUGUGAGAUGGGAAGAGGAGAUGGAGGCAGUGUCAGGCUUCUGCUGCACCGAGCGCCAGAAACUAUGCAUGGCCCUGGUGAAGAAGAGGGAACAGGAAGAGGUGUCUCCCACCGUGAAGCCAGAAAAGCCCACCACGCAACUGGCGGACGCGCUUCUCAGAGAGAAGAAAGCCCGCAGUAUGAGCCUGGAACUGCAACGUGGACUGAGGGAGCGAUCAGGAUGGAAGAGCGAGGAUGAGACAGUCCAACAUCGGACAGCAGACACGUCCUCCGAAGCAAACGUCCUCAGCUUCCGUUUCGGUGCCUCUGCAGAUCAACCGUGCUGGUUGGUCAAUCGUAACCUGACCGAAAAUGUUGUGCACCUAAAGAAGGAGGAGGCCACGGUGUUUGUUUGUGACCACAAGCCAACUCCUUUUGGUAUAUGUCAUCAUAAGGAUGGGGAAUUUCAACAGAAGUUUUAUAUGAACGGCAAGACCUUUGUCAACAUGUUCCCAGAUGGCUCGGCUCAGCUCUUUUACCCCAGCGGGCUCAUGGCUCUUCUUGUUGUGGUCACCAAAGACAAAGGAAGGGUUUGCAUAUUGUAUGACGAAAGCCUCACGCCCCAUCGACCCAUUCGAGCCAUCUUCCAAUCCAAUGGCAUGGCGACCUGUUACCACAGAAAUGGAAAAAUAUGGUUGAGUCUGAAUAGAACAGGUGGUCAGUGUUUGGAUGAGACCAGCGCCAGAGUCCGUCGGUGGACCUGGAAAACCCUUCCCACACCUCACCUCCCUCCCCUCUUCCUGUCCCUCAAUAGAAAUGUUGGGAUUCGAGUGCUGGGGAAGGACCAAGUGUUUGUCUCCUUCCUGGCUAAUGGUCAACAGGCAAGGUGUAGCGUGGGAAGCUGCAGUGCUCAGUGUAAAUGCACAAAAGAGAGGCCUUCUAGCGGACCAUCGGUACUGAAGGAUGAGCUCUUCGUGCUGGCAGCCAGAGUGAAGAUCCACCAGUGCAUCCAGCAUCUCAACUGGAGCCUUAUAACACCCUUGCAUCAGAAGACCAUUCCGGCCCCGAGCAUCCGUGCUUUUGGCAAAAGGCUUCUGGAGGUCAGCACCAACAUGUUGAUGAGCCAGCAUGAACGCACCUUCAUCCAAGGAUGCCUUCAUGAUUGUCUCUGAACAAAAAACUCCAUAGAAGAUCACAGUUACAAUAGCUUUUAUUCAUCGUAUCAACUCAUUCCAAGUUAUGCAAAUAUAAAAAUUACUCAGAAAUCAUAGCAAAACAAUUUCUUCUGUUAAUUUGACAAUAGCAUGACAAAAUGUGCAUUUCUACAGGGCGUUAAGAUACUCUUACAAUAAACUUUUAAUAAUUCUACAUUUGGCUCAGUGGCAUAAAUGACUAUUACCGGUAUUCAA